UGUCCCUCGGUCACAGCGGAUCACGGAAAGAGCCAAAGAUGUUGGCUCGGUCAUGUGAUCAGUUGUGGCACUGAUUAUCAGUGUGCCCUGAUGAUCAGUGUGGCCCGAGAAGUGCCACCUGUCAGUGCUCAUCAGUGCCACCUGUCAGUGCCAGUCAGUGCCACAUAUCAGUGCAUAUCAAUGCCACAUAUAAGUGCCCAUCUGAGCUGCCUUUCAAUGUCACGCAUCAUGCCCGCAGUGAUGCCUGUCAAUGCCCAUCAGUGCAAUCUACCAGUGCCUCCUCAUCAGUGCCCAUCAGUGCAGCCUAUCAGUGCCCAUCACUGCAGCCUCAUUAGAGCACAUCAGUGAAGGAAAAAAAUCACUUAUUUACAAAAUUGUAUAA